AGUCCGCCGAGGCAGCGCGCCGGCUCGGGCUCGGCUCGGCUCUGCGCGGCUCCGGACGGUCGUGACCGCUGGUCAGGGGCUCGGGCGGCCCCGACCGCCCGACUGACCGCGCGCCCAGCUGCCCGCCCUGCUCUGCCCCUGGCCCUGCGCGGAUCCCGGUACCUAGCGCCCUCGGCUCCCUGAGCUCCCUGCGCGCCCUCCCGCCGCGGGGUCGAACCGCAGCCUCCGGUGCGCCCGCGCUCUCCCUUCUCCUCCUGGCUCCCGCCCUUCGCCGCCCUCUCCCCGCCAUGGCUUGUGGCCCCGCUCGGACCAGCCCAGGGCCGGGGCUCCAGCUGCUCUUGCCGCUGCUUUUGCUGCUGCUCCGGGACGCUGACGGCAGCCACACAGCCCCUGCCUGGUCCGCACAGUCCGCAGCUGCCGACGGCCUCCUGAGGGACAAGCACUCCCAGCGGCCCUUGGGAGAUGGGGCCGCCACGCUGGGCCCCGGCGCCCAGGACAUGGUCGCUGUCCACAUGAUCAGGCUCUAUGAGAAGUACAGCCGGCGGGGCGCGCGGCCGGGAGGGGGCAACACGGUCCGCAGCUUCCGGGCCAAGCUGGUGGUCAACCAGAAGGCUGUGUAUUUCUUCAACCUGACUUCUAUGCAGGACUCGGAAAUGAUUCUUACAGCAACCUUCCACUUCUACUCGGAGCCACUAAGGUGGCCCAGAGCACGUGAAAUGCUGUGCAAGCCACGAGCCAAGAAUGCCUCGUGCCGCCUGCUGUCCCCGGGCCCACCCGUGCGCCAGCACCUGCUGUUCCGCAGCUUGUCACAGAACACCGCCACACAAGGGCUGCUCCGCGGGGCCAUGGCCGUGGCGCCACCACCGCGCGCCCUGUGGCAGGCCAAGGACAUCUCCCACAUCGUCAAGGCAGCCCGCAGGGAUGGGGAGCUGCUCCUCUCUGCCCAGCUGGAUUCUGAGGAGAGGGACCCGGGGGUGCCCAGUUCCAGCCCCCAUGCGCCCUACAUCCUCAUCUACGCCAACGAUCUGGCCAUCUCAGAGCCCAACAGCGUGGCGGUGACACUGCAGAGAUACGACCCCUUCCCGGCUGGAGACCCCGAGCCCCGCGCAGCCCCCAACAUCUCGGCAGACCCCCGUGUGCGCCGGGCAGCACAGGCCACUGGCCCCCUCCAGGACAACGAGCUGCCGGGGCUGGACGAGAGGCCAGCGCAUGCCCCCCAUGUACAGCACUACCACAAACACGAGCUGUGGCCCAGCCCCUUCCGGGCGCUGAAGCCCCGGCCUGGCCGCAAAGACCGCAGAAGGAAGGACCAGGACAUGUUCAUGGCCUCCUCGCAGGUGCUGGACUUCGACGAGAAGACGAUGCAGAAAGCCCGGAGGAAGCAGUGGGAUGAGCCCAGGGUGUGCUCCCGGAGGUACCUGAAGGUGGACUUCGCGGACAUCGGCUGGAACGAGUGGAUCAUCUCACCCAAAUCCUUUGAUGCCUACUACUGCGCUGGUGCCUGCGAGUUCCCCAUGCCCAAGAUCGUUCGCCCAUCCAACCACGCCACUAUCCAGAGUAUUGUCAGGGCCGUGGGCAUUGUCCCUGGGAUCCCAGAGCCCUGCUGUGUCCCUGACAAGAUGAACUCCCUUGGGGUCCUUUUCCUGGAUGAGAACCGGAAUGUGGUUCUGAAGGUAUACCCCAACAUGUCUGUGGAAACCUGUGCCUGCCGGUAG